AUGACCGAGUCAACUCAUGAAGAAAACGUGUACAUGGCUAAGCUGACUGAGCAGGUUGAGCAGUAUGAUCGAGGAAAUGGUGUAGUUUAUGGAGAAGGUUUCAAAGACAAUAGUAUUGAGGAGCUGACAGUGGAGGAACGGAAUAUUCUUUCUGUGUCUUGCAAGAAUGCCAUUGGCACAAGAAGGGCCUUAUGGAUAAUAAUUUCUUCAAUUGAGCAGAAAGAGGAGAGCCGUGGAAAUGAAAAGCACGUGAACAUCACUAAAGAAUACAAAGACAAAAUAAAGGUUGAACCAGGCAAGAUCUGUGAUGGGGAUUUUUUUUCAAAGGGCAACCAUGAGAGCUCUCAUGCUUGA